AUGACCGACGCAUCGACAUACCAGCCGCCGUGGACAGAUGCACCGAUUGAUGCUUUACAGACGUCACAUUCUGAGUUGGAUGAUCACCUCGGACCGCCAUGGACGGAUGCGCUAACGGAUGCAUUGAAGUCGUCGGGGUCAGGCUCGAGUAGUUUAAAUGACUUGCAGUGGACGAACGCGCCGGUCGAUGCUCUACCGACAGCACAUACCGGGUCGGAUGAUCACCCUGGCGUGCAGUGGACAAAUACGCCACCAAAUGCAUUAGAGUCGUCGAGGUCUGGUUCGAGCUCGACAAGUGUAAAUGACUUGCAGUGGACAAACGCGCCGUUGGGAGCUCUAUCGGCGUCACAUUCUGAGUCGGAUGAUCACCCCGCACCGCCAUGGACGGAGGCGCCAACAAAUGCAUUAGAGUCGUCGGGGUCAGGUUCGAGCAGUGUAAAUGACUUGCAGUGGACGAACGCGCCGAUCAAUGCUCUACCGAAGGCACAUACCGGGUCGGAUGAUCACCCUGGCGUGCAGUGGACAAAUACGCCACCAAAUGCAUUAGAGUCGUCGGGGUCUGGUUCGAGAAGUGGAAAUGACUUGCAGUGGACAAACGCGCCGUUGGGAGCUCUGUCGGCGUCACAUUCUGAGUCGGAUGAUCACCCCGCACCGCCAUGGACGGAGGCGCCAACAGAUAAAAUAAAGUCGUCGGGGUCAGGUUCGAGCAGUGUAAAUGACUUGCAGUGGACGAACGCGCCGAUCAAUGCUCUACCGACGGCACAUACCGGGUCGGAUGAUCACCCUGGCGUGCAGUGGACAAAUACGCCACCAAAUGCAUUAGAGUCGUCGAAGUCUGGUUCGAGCUCGACAAGUGUAAAUGACUUGCAGUGGACAAACGCGCCGACGGAUGCUCUACCGACACCAGGUUCUGGGUCGAUCGCUGGGCUGGACUUGGAUGAGACGAGUACGUCGACGGAUGCUACGGAGACGUCAGAGACUGGGUCGGGCACUGGUCUUGACUUGCAGUGGACGGACGCGCCGACGGAUGCUCUACCGACACCAGGUUCUGGGUCGAUCGCUGGGCUGGACUUGGAUGAGACGAGUACGCCGACAGACGCUACGGAGACGUCAGAGACUGGGUCGGGCACUGGUCUUGACUUGCAGUGGACGGACGCGCCGGUUGACGUUCCCGAUACGUCGGACGUCGAGCUGGGCGAUGCAAAUGACUUGCAGUGGACGAACGCGCCGACGGAUGCUCUACCGACACCAGGUUCUGGGUCGAUCGCUGGGCUGGACUUGGAUGAGACGAGUACGCCGACAGACGCUACGGAGACGUCAGAGACUGGGUCGGGCACUGGUCUUGACUUGCAGUGGACGGACGCGCCGGUUGACGUUCCCGAUACGUCGGACGUCGAGCUGGGCGAUGCAAAUGACUUGCAGUGGACGAACGCGCCGACGGAUGCUCUACCGACACCAGGUUCUGGGUCGAUCGCUGGGCUGGACUUGGAUGAGACGAGUACGCCGACAGACGCUACGGAGACGUCAGAGACUGGGUCGGGCACUGGUCUUGACUUGCAGUGGACGGACGCGCCGGUUGACGUUCCCGAUACGUCGGACGUCGAGCUGGGCGAUGCAAAUGACUUGCAGUGGACGAACGCGCCGACGGAUGCUCUACCGACACCAGGUUCUGGGUCGAUCGCUGGGCUGGACUUGGAUGAGACGAGUACGCCGACAGACGCUACGGAGACGUCAGAGACUGGGUCGGGCACUGGUCUUGACUUGCAGUGGACGGACGCGCCGGUUGACGUUCCCGAUACGUCGGACGUCGAGCUGGGCGAUGCAAAUGACUUGCAGUGGACGAACGCGCCGACGGAUGCUCUACCGACACCAGGUUCUGGGUCGAUCGCUGGGCUGGACUUGGAUGAGACGAGUACGCCGACAGACGCUACGGAGACGUCAGAGACUGGGUCGGGCACUGGUCUUGACUUGCAGUGGACGGACGCGCCGGUUGACGUUCCCGAUACGUCGGACGUCGAGCUGGGCGAUGCAAAUGACUUGCAGUGGACGAACGCGCCGACGGAUGCUCUACCGACACCAGGUUCUGGGUCGAUCGCUGGGCUGGACUUGGAUGAGACGAGUACGCCGACAGACGCUACGGAGACGUCAGAGACUGGGUCGGGCACUGGUCUUGACUUGCAGUGGACGGACGCGCCGGUUGACGUUCCCGAUACGUCGGACGUCGAGCUGGGCGAUGCAAAUGACUUGCAGUGGACGAACGCGCCGACGGAUGCUCUACCGACACCAGGUUCUGGGUCGAUCGCUGGGCUGGACUUGGAUGAGACGAGUACGCCGACAGACGCUACGGAGACGUCAGAGACUGGGUCGGGCACUGGUCUUGACUUGCAGUGGACGGACGCGCCGGUUGACGUUCCCGAUACGUCGGACGUCGAGCUGGGCGAUGCAAAUGACUUGCAGUGGACGAACGCGCCGACGGAUGCUCUACCGACACCAGGUUCUGGGUCGAUCGCUGGGCUGGACUUGGAUGAGACGAGUACGCCGACAGACGCUACGGAGACGUCAGAGACUGGGUCGGGCACUGGUCUUGACUUGCAGUGGACGGACGCGCCGGUUGACGUUCCCGAUACGUCGGACGUCGAGCUGGGCGAUGCAAAUGACUUGCAGUGGACGAACGCGCCGACGGAUGCUCUACCGACACCAGGUUCUGGGUCGAUCGCUGGGCUGGACUUGGAUGAGACGAGUACGCCGACAGACGCUACGGAGACGUCAGAGACUGGGUCGGGCACUGGUCUUGACUUGCAGUGGACGGACGCGCCGGUUGACGUUCCCGAUACGUCGGACGUCGAGCUGGGCGAUGCAAAUGACUUGCAGUGGACGAACGCGCCGACGGAUGCUCUACCGACACCAGGUUCUGGGUCGAUCGCUGGGCUGGACUUGGAUGAGACGAGUACGCCGACAGACGCUACGGAGACGUCAGAGACUGGGUCGGGCACUGGUCUUGACUUGCAGUGGACGGACGCGCCGGUUGACGUUCCCGAUACGUCGGACGUCGAGCUGGGCGAUGCAAAUGACUUGCAGUGGACGAACGCGCCGACGGAUGCUCUACCGACACCAGGUUCUGGGUCGAUCGCUGGGCUGGACUUGGAUGAGACGAGUACGCCGACAGACGCUACGGAGACGUCAGAGACUGGGUCGGGCACUGGUCUUGACUUGCAGUGGACGGACGCGCCGGUUGACGUUCCCGAUACGUCGGACGUCGAGCUGGGCGAUGCAAAUGACUUGCAGUGGACGAACGCGCCGACGGAUGCUCUACCGACACCAGGUUCUGGGUCGAUCGCUGGGCUGGACUUGGAUGAGACGAGUACGCCGACAGACGCUACGGAGACGUCAGAGACUGGGUCGGGCACUGGUCUUGACUUGCAGUGGACGGACGCGCCGGUUGACGUUCCCGAUACGUCGGACGUCGAGCUGGGCGAUGCAAAUGACUUGCAGUGGACGAACGCGCCGACGGAUGCUCUACCGACACCAGGUUCUGGGUCGAUCGCUGGGCUGGACUUGGAUGAGACGAGUACGCCGACAGACGCUACGGAGACGUCAGAGACUGGGUCGGGCACUGGUCUUGACUUGCAGUGGACGGACGCGCCGGUUGACGUUCCCGAUACGUCGGACGUCGAGCUGGGCGAUGCAAAUGACUUGCAGUGGACGAACGCGCCGACGGAUGCUCUACCGACACCAGGUUCUGGGUCGAUCGCUGGGCUGGACUUGGAUGAGACGAGUACGCCGACAGACGCUACGGAGACGUCAGAGACUGGGUCGGGCACUGGUCUUGACUUGCAGUGGACGGACGCGCCGGUUGACGUUCCCGAUACGUCGGACGUCGAGCUGGGCGAUGCAAAUGACUUGCAGUGGACGAACGCGCCGACGGAUGCUCUACCGACACCAGGUUCUGGGUCGAUCGCUGGGCUGGACUUGGAUGAGACGAGUACGCCGACAGACGCUACGGAGACGUCAGAGACUGGGUCGGGCACUGGUCUUGACUUGCAGUGGACGGACGCGCCGGUUGACGUUCCCGAUACGUCGGACGUCGAGCUGGGCGAUGCAAAUGACUUGCAGUGGACGAACGCGCCGACGGAUGCUCUACCGACACCAGGUUCUGGGUCGAUCGCUGGGCUGGACUUGGAUGAGACGAGUACGCCGACAGACGCUACGGAGACGUCAGAGACUGGGUCGGGCACUGGUCUUGACUUGCAGUGGACGGACGCGCCGGUUGACGUUCCCGAUACGUCGGACGUCGAGCUGGGCGAUGCAAAUGACUUGCAGUGGACGAACGCGCCGACGGAUGCUCUACCGACACCAGGUUCUGGGUCGAUCGCUGGGCUGGACUUGGAUGAGACGAGUACGCCGACAGACGCUACGGAGACGUCAGAGACUGGGUCGGGCACUGGUCUUGACUUGCAGUGGACGGACGCGCCGGUUGACGUUCCCGAUACGUCGGACGUCGAGCUGGGCGAUGCAAAUGACUUGCAGUGGACGAACGCGCCGACGGAUGCUCUACCGACACCAGGUUCUGGGUCGAUCGCUGGGCUGGACUUGGAUGAGACGAGUACGCCGACAGACGCUACGGAGACGUCAGAGACUGGGUCGGGCACUGGUCUUGACUUGCAGUGGACGGACGCGCCGGUUGACGUUCCCGAUACGUCGGACGUCGAGCUGGGCGAUGCAAAUGACUUGCAGUGGACGAACGCGCCGACGGAUGCUCUACCGACACCAGGUUCUGGGUCGAUCGCUGGGCUGGACUUGGAUGAGACGAGUACGCCGACAGACGCUACGGAGACGUCAGAGACUGGGUCGGGCACUGGUCUUGACUUGCAGUGGACGGACGCGCCGGUUGACGUUCCCGAUACGUCGGACGUCGAGCUGGGCGAUGCAAAUGACUUGCAGUGGACGAACGCGCCGACGGAUGCUCUACCGACACCAGGUUCUGGGUCGAUCGCUGGGCUGGACUUGGAUGAGACGAGUACGCCGACAGACGCUACGGAGACGUCAGAGACUGGGUCGGGCACUGGUCUUGACUUGCAGUGGACGGACGCGCCGGUUGACGUUCCCGAUACGUCGGACGUCGAGCUGGGCGAUGCAAAUGACUUGCAGUGGACGAACGCGCCGACGGAUGCUCUACCGACACCAGGUUCUGGGUCGAUCGCUGGGCUGGACUUGGAUGAGACGAGUACGCCGACAGACGCUACGGAGACGUCAGAGACUGGGUCGGGCACUGGUCUUGACUUGCAGUGGACGGACGCGCCGGUUGACGUUCCCGAUACGUCGGACGUCGAGCUGGGCGAUGCAAAUGACUUGCAGUGGACGAACGCGCCGACGGAUGCUCUACCGACACCAGGUUCUGGGUCGAUCGCUGGGCUGGACUUGGAUGAGACGAGUACGCCGACAGACGCUACGGAGACGUCAGAGACUGGGUCGGGCACUGGUCUUGACUUGCAGUGGACGGACGCGCCGGUUGACGUUCCCGAUACGUCGGACGUCGAGCUGGGCGAUGCAAAUGACUUGCAGUGGACGAACGCGCCGACGGAUGCUCUACCGACACCAGGUUCUGGGUCGAUCGCUGGGCUGGACUUGGAUGAGACGAGUACGCCGACAGACGCUACGGAGACGUCAGAGACUGGGUCGGGCACUGGUCUUGACUUGCAGUGGACGGACGCGCCGGUUGACGUUCCCGAUACGUCGGACGUCGAGCUGGGCGAUGCAAAUGACUUGCAGUGGACGAACGCGCCGACGGAUGCUCUACCGACACCAGGUUCUGGGUCGAUCGCUGGGCUGGACUUGGAUGAGACGAGUACGCCGACAGACGCUACGGAGACGUCAGAGACUGGGUCGGGCACUGGUCUUGACUUGCAGUGGACGGACGCGCCGGUUGACGUUCCCGAUACGUCGGACGUCGAGCUGGGCGAUGCAAAUGACUUGCAGUGGACGAACGCGCCGACGGAUGCUCUACCGACACCAGGUUCUGGGUCGAUCGCUGGGCUGGACUUGGAUGAGACGAGUACGCCGACAGACGCUACGGAGACGUCAGAGGCUGGGUCGGGCACUGGUCUUGACUUGCAGUGGACGGACGCGCCGGUUGACGUUCCCGAUACGUCGGACGUCGAGCUGGGCGAUGCAAAUGACUUGCAGUGGACGAACGCGCCGACGGAUGCUCUACCGACACCAGGUUCUGGGUCGAUCGCUGGGCUGGACUUGGAUGAGACGAGUACGCCGACAGACGCUACGGAGACGUCAGAGGCUGGGUCGGGCACUGGUCUUGACUUGCAGUGGACGGACGCGCCGGUUGACGUUCCCGAUACGUCGGACGUCGAGCUGGGCGAUGCAAAUGACUUGCAGUGGACGAACGCGCCGACGGAUGCUCUACCGACACCAGGUUCUGGGUCGAUCGCUGGGCUGGACUUGGAUGAGACGAGUACGCCGACAGACGCUACGGAGACGUCAGAGACUGGGUCGGGCACUGGUCUUGACUUGCAGUGGACGGACGCGCCGGUUGACGUUCCCGAUACGUCGGACGUCGAGCUGGGCGAUGCAAAUGACUUGCAGUGGACGAACGCGCCGACGGAUGCUCUACCGACACCAGGUUCUGGGUCGAUCGCUGGGCUGGACUUGGAUGAGACGAGUACGCCGACAGACGCUACGGAGACGUCAGAGACUGGGUCGGGCACUGGUCUUGACUUGCAGUGGACGGACGCGCCGGUUGACGUUCCCGAUACGUCGGACGUCGAGCUGGGCGAUGCAAAUGACUUGCAGUGGACGAACGCGCCGACGGAUGCUCUACCGACACCAGGUUCUGGGUCGAUCGCUGGGCUGGACUUGGAUGAGACGAGUACGCCGACAGACGCUACGGAGACGUCAGAGACUGGGUCGGGCACUGGUCUUGACUUGCAGUGGACGGACGCGCCGGUUGACGUUCCCGAUACGUCGGACGUCGAGCUGGGCGAUGCAAAUGACUUGCAGUGGACGAACGCGCCGACGGAUGCUCUACCGACACCAGGUUCUGGGUCGAUCGCUGGGCUGGACUUGGAUGAGACGAGUACGCCGACAGACGCUACGGAGACGUCAGAGACUGGGUCGGGCACUGGUCUUGACUUGCAGUGGACGGACGCGCCGGUUGACGUUCCCGAUACGUCGGACGUCGAGCUGGGCGAUGCAAAUGACUUGCAGUGGACGAACGCGCCGACGGAUGCUCUACCGACACCAGGUUCUGGGUCGAUCGCUGGGCUGGACUUGGAUGAGACGAGUACGCCGACAGACGCUACGGAGACGUCAGAGACUGGGUCGGGCACUGGUCUUGACUUGCAGUGGACGGACGCGCCGGUUGACGUUCCCGAUACGUCGGACGUCGAGCUGGGCGAUGCAAAUGACUUGCAGUGGACGAACGCGCCGACGGAUGCUCUACCGACACCAGGUUCUGGGUCGAUCGCUGGGCUGGACUUGGAUGAGACGAGUACGCCGACAGACGCUACGGAGACGUCAGAGACUGGGUCGGGCACUGGUCUUGACUUGCAGUGGACGGACGCGCCGGUUGACGUUCCCGAUACGUCGGACGUCGAGCUGGGCGAUGCAAAUGACUUGCAGUGGACGAACGCGCCGACGGAUGCUCUACCGACACCAGGUUCUGGGUCGAUCGCUGGGCUGGACUUGGAUGAGACGAGUACGCCGACAGACGCUACGGAGACGUCAGAGACUGGGUCGGGCACUGGUCUUGACUUGCAGUGGACGGACGCGCCGGUUGACGUUCCCGAUACGUCGGACGUCGAGCUGGGCGAUGCAAAUGACUUGCAGUGGACGAACGCGCCGACGGAUGCUCUACCGACACCAGGUUCUGGGUCGAUCGCUGGGCUGGACUUGGAUGAGACGAGUACGCCGACAGACGCUACGGAGACGUCAGAGACUGGGUCGGGCACUGGUCUUGACUUGCAGUGGACGGACGCGCCGGUUGACGUUCCCGAUACGUCGGACGUCGAGCUGGGCGAUGCAAAUGACUUGCAGUGGACGAACGCGCCGACGGAUGCUCUACCGACACCAGGUUCUGGGUCGAUCGCUGGGCUGGACUUGGAUGAGACGAGUACGCCGACGGAUGCUACGGAGACGUCAGAGACUGGGUCGGGCACUGGUCUUGACUUCCAGUGGACGGACGCGCCGGUUGACGUUCCCGAUACGUCGGACGUCGAGCUGGGCGAUGCAAAUGACUUGCAGUGGACGAACGCGCCGACGGAUGCUCUACCGACACCAGGUUCUGGGUCGAUCGCUGGGCUGGACUUGGAUGAGACGAGUACGCCGACAGACGCUACGGAGACGUCAGAGACUGGGUCGGGCACUGGUCUUGACUUGCAGUGGACGGACGCGCCGGUUGACGUUCCCGAUACGUCGGACGUCGAGCUGGGCGAUGCAAAUGACUUGCAGUGGACGAACGCGCCGACGGAUGCUCUACCGACACCAGGUUCUGGGUCGAUCGCUGGGCUGGACUUGGAUGAGACGAGUACGCCGACAGACGCUACGGAGACGUCAGAGACUGGGUCGGGCACUGGUCUUGACUUGCAGUGGACGGACGCGCCGGUUGACGUUCCCGAUACGUCGGACGUCGAGCUGGGCGAUGCAAAUGACUUGCAGUGGACGAACGCGCCGACGGAUGCUCUACCGACACCAGGUUCUGGGUCGAUCGCUGGGCUGGACUUGGAUGAGACGAGUACGCCGACAGACGCUACGGAGACGUCAGAGACUGGGUCGGGCACUGGUCUUGACUUGCAGUGGACGGACGCGCCGGUUGACGUUCCCGAUACGUCGGACGUCGAGCUGGGCGAUGCAAAUGACUUGCAGUGGACGAACGCGCCGACGGAUGCUCUACCGACACCAGGUUCUGGGUCGAUCGCUGGGCUGGACUUGGAUGAGACGAGUACGCCGACAGACGCUACGGAGACGUCAGAGACUGGGUCGGGCACUGGUCUUGACUUGCAGUGGACGGACGCGCCGGUUGACGUUCCCGAUACGUCGGACGUCGAGCUGGGCGAUGCAAAUGACUUGCAGUGGACGAACGCGCCGACGGAUGCUCUACCGACACCAGGUUCUGGGUCGAUCGCUGGGCUGGACUUGGAUGAGACGAGUACGCCGACAGACGCUACGGAGACGUCAGAGACUGGGUCGGGCACUGGUCUUGACUUGCAGUGGACGGACGCGCCGGUUGACGUUCCCGAUACGUCGGACGUCGAGCUGGGCGAUGCAAAUGACUUGCAGUGGACGAACGCGCCGACGGAUGCUCUACCGACACCAGGUUCUGGGUCGAUCGCUGGGCUGGACUUGGAUGAGACGAGUACGCCGACAGACGCUACGGAGACGUCAGAGACUGGGUCGGGCACUGGUCUUGACUUGCAGUGGACGGACGCGCCGGUUGACGUUCCCGAUACGUCGGACGUCGAGCUGGGCGAUGCAAAUGACUUGCAGUGGACGAACGCGCCGACGGAUGCUCUACCGACACCAGGUUCUGGGUCGAUCGCUGGGCUGGACUUGGAUGAGACGAGUACGCCGACAGACGCUACGGAGACGUCAGAGACUGGGUCGGGCACUGGUCUUGACUUGCAGUGGACGGACGCGCCGGUUGACGUUCCCGAUACGUCGGACGUCGAGCUGGGCGAUGCAAAUGACUUGCAGUGGACGAACGCGCCGACGGAUGCUCUACCGACACCAGGUUCUGGGUCGAUCGCUGGGCUGGACUUGGAUGAGACGAGUACGCCGACAGACGCUACGGAGACGUCAGAGACUGGGUCGGGCACUGGUCUUGACUUGCAGUGGACGGACGCGCCGGUUGACGUUCCCGAUACGUCGGACGUCGAGCUGGGCGAUGCAAAUGACUUGCAGUGGACGAACGCGCCGACGGAUGCUCUACCGACACCAGGUUCUGGGUCGAUCGCUGGGCUGGACUUGGAUGAGACGAGUACGCCGACAGACGCUACGGAGACGUCAGAGACUGGGUCGGGCACUGGUCUUGACUUGCAGUGGACGGACGCGCCGAUAGAUACUUCUGGUUUCGAUGAUACUGACGGUUCGUUGAAUGGGGUGCCUGCGAGGAUGCGUCCACUGUUUAGUUCUGGGACAACUGCGCCAAUGGUACCGCCUUUGACUCCUGAGCCGACGCCAUGGGACCUUUUGAUAAACCCAAGCGGAUCCAGGACAGAUGAUUUAUUACUUGCUGACGUAUCUGGUGGAGGUAGCUCCUCAUCGUCUACAGAGCCUUCUGGCUCGCGAGCGUCGCCGCAUCCGUCUGGAUCAGCAGGGUCGUCCCGAAGGCCCCCAGCAGACACUGCGUUUAGUCCCCCGCCGGUGACAAAUGAUCCACGAAGGAAACCACCGAAGAUUACAACCCCUGCGUCUGAAAUAGCAGGAAACCCGGACGCGUCCUCAUCCUCGAGGUCUGGCACAAAGACUGUAUCGACUGCCGAUUUAAGUACAUCGGGCUCGUCGGAUGGGACCUGGAGCCCUCCGCCGAUGAUGAAUGCACCCAAGCGGAUUAUUGUUUCUCCACCAACUACGUCGACUACGACGGAUCCAAGCGCUUCAUCGUUUUUGGGCUCGGGUGCUGCGGCUGCAUCCGGAUCUUCGGACUCCCCUGAGCAUGGUGCGAGUACCACCUCACCAGCUGCUUCAAGCUCCGCUACGCAUCAGGAUGAGAGUACGCCGAGUCCUGCACCGGUGGCAAGAGCUCCAAAAGUGACAAGAGCUCCUCCCGUGAAGGCGAACGCGACUGAAUCAUUUGGAGAAGAGAACGAUGUAUCCCAGACGGAGCUGACACCAUCCGAAGCGUCUUCAGCUGACAUAUCGACGCCGAGCCCAGCACCUGUGACCAGGUCUCCUUUAGCAAGGACGGUGGCAAUGCCUUCAUCUCCAGCUUUGUUGGACUCGGUGGGAACAGUGGCUCCUGCUGAUGUGAGCGAUAUUGGUAGCGCAGAAGCAGGUGCAGUCUCGCAGCAGACUGCUCCUGAUAGCGGUGACACUGCUGACAAUGGCAACCGCUUGGAUUUACUGGACGACACAGGCUCUGCGAUCAUAUACUCGGACGGAAGCAAGGUGAUAACAUUCGAGAAGUACGACCGUGGCGAGGUCGAUUUACGGACUCGUGAAGGCGAAACCGGGUCAUAUAACAACACUGUUGUCGGAGGUGGUAAUCGGUCGAGUCUGCCGCCUGGUGCUUCGAUCACACUGUCUUCCACGCUACAGGCGACACAGAAUGCGCUGCUCUAUACGAGCUGCGCCCUCGGAAUCGUGUCUACUCUGCUCCUGAUGUUCUUUCAUUUAUUGGCGCUCCAGCGCCCGCCAUGGCUAGGUGGAUCUUUCGACGGCAGUGGGCAGGGUGAAGGCAGCAGUCGAGGCCGUAUGGGUUGGCUUACUCCCAAUGUGUGGGAACUUGCCGUCGUGGUGGGGUACAUUCAGCACGUUAACUCCAUUUCGAUGCUCGAUUUGACGAAGGCACCUCAGAUCGUACUGGACUUUACCGAUUCGUUCUCGUUCGCGAACCUCCACCUUUCGUCGGUGGCUGCUACUGCCGUCUCGGGGGCCUCGCGCCGGUUGCAGAUGGUCAUCUUGACGGGUGUUGUUGCCUUCUCUGACCGCAUUGGCAUCCAUGAGGCCGACGCUCUCAUGAUGUCGUUCUGGUUCUUUCUCGCGAUCGUCGCCAUUGUGGCUGUGCUCUUCGCUGUGGCUGCGGGCUUUGCGUUUUACCGCCACCGAAUGUCUCCUAGCACGUGGGCACCGUUCUCAACCAAUCUACGAAAUAGCUCUGCAAUGUGUGUGGUGGGCUUGGGCGUGACGAUGUGGGUCCUCUGCAUUUUCCCUCUCGUAGCCAUGUCUUCGUACGAGCUGGUGAUGGAAAUGCGCUACCGAGUUGGAAGUGGUCUGGCUGUGGCACUGUUUUGCUUGUGGGCCGUCGUGGCCGGUGGACUGUGUUACGUGUUUGUGAGCGUACGCGCCAUUCCGAUAAGUGCAGCGUUUCGGUUCAAGCAUUUUGCCGUGUGGGGGUCACUCUAUGGCGGAUCCAAGAAACUCUUCCGCUACUUUUUCGUGGUGACGGCACUUUUCCAGAUCUUCCUCGGCGUCAUCACAGGUGCCGUGUCGGGUGUACCGACUCAACUCGUGUCGUUGAUGGUGACGCAUCUACUGUUCGUAGUCGUAGCGGUUAUCAUCCACCCGUUUGUCGCACGCUGGAUGCUGGGUGUCGUCGUGGGUCUGCGCGUCGUGGCCAUUGCAAACUUGAUCUGCAGCUUUGCGUUCCUCACGUCCAGCGACAUGUCCACGUAUUGGCGCGGCAUUGUGGCGCAGGGGUUCGUGAUCUUCAACGCGCUCGUGUUUUUCCUGUUUUUCAUCCGCUACAUUGCAAUGUUUGUCAUCGCAUUGAAGCGCUGGUCGGGCUUCAUCCGUCGCGAGAGCACCAUUCACUUGCAAGAGAGCUACCGCGCUGAGAACUGGACCACGACGUCGCGUAACGACCGCGUUGACAUCGCGUGA